CGGGUCCGGGUGCGUGGAUAAGAGAGCAAAACCGUUGGUGUCCGGAUAUACCGCGGUACCAUCGCAAGGAUUAAGUUCGGAUACCAAAGAGUGUGGUGGAGCCCGGACGUUUUGCGAGGGAUGGUAGUAACAACCUGGUCCGAGAGACACGUCCGUCAGUCCGUUUCGUGGUUCCGUGGUCGGUUGUGGUGGUAGUUCCUACUCGGGGGAGAGUCUACGCUACGGGGCCGCGGUGUGAAACGUACCGAGAGGAGUGACGGUCCAGCUGAUAGAGCGGCGGCACAAAGUACGUCUCAGUCGACGCUGAGCCAGUGCCUCAGCAAGUCCGCUCGAGGCGGUGAGAAAGUCCUGAGAGAUUCGCCUCCGACGACCGUCGUCGUUUUCCGUUUCGCUUUUCCGAUUCCGUCCGCUAAAAAGGACGGCAUGAGGUCCUACAACCGCUAUAGGGCACUCCUCGUGCUCGCCACGGUGCUCGUCCACAUGUCCGGCACGUUCGCCGUGCGCGCCGCAAGUAGCCAGACCAAUAGAAGGAGCGAUCAAGUCGCGGCGGCAUCAGAUCAGUCGGUUUCAGCCUCCUUCUGGAAUCCCACCAUCAAAACCGAUAUUUUCACUCAGGACGCGACCUAUUUCCCCACGGCUCAUGGCCUGGUGCAAACUCAUCCGGCCAGCAGCGCAACGUUUCGCAGUGGUUUCGGCGGGAUCGACAACCUCGGUAGUCGAGGAGUGACAAUAAGGCCGCCAAGGACGCGGCCUCUCGAUUAUAAUGAGCGCGCCACCGCAGAAUUACGCCGAAAUCCAUCGCUCUCGUCGCCGGACGAGUGCGCUCGCGCCUGUCGUGAAAAUGAACCGCCCAGGAUAUGCUACUACCACUUUACGCUCGAGUAUUACACCGUACUUGGAGCAGCGUGUCAAGUGUGCACACCAAACGCAACCAAUUCGAUAUGGAGCGAAUGUCAAUGCGUCCUGGCGGACGGAGUGGAGCGAGGUAUUCUGACCGCGAACAGAAUGGUUCCCGGACCGAGCAUACAGGUGUGUCAGGGCGAUAAAGUCGUUAUCGACGUGGAAAAUCACAUGGAGGGAAUGGAAGUCACUAUUCACUGGCACGGCGUUUGGCAGAGAGGGUCUCAGUAUUACGAUGGCGUACCGUACGUGACGCAGUGUCCCAUUCAAGAGGGUAACACGUUCAGGUAUCAGUGGACGGCCGGUAACGAGGGCACUCACUUCUGGCAUGCUCACACCGGUCUGCAAAAGAUAGACGGUCUCUACGGAAGUAUAAUAAUCCGGCAGCCUCCCAGCAAGGAUCCCAAUAGCAAUCUAUAUGACUAUGAUUUAACCACGCACGUGGUACUCAUCAGCGACUGGUUCCACGAGAGCGCUAGCGAGCGCUAUCCGGGUCGCCUCGCAGUCAACACCGGUCAAGCACCUGAGAGCGCGCUGAUCAAUGGAAAAGGUCAAUUCAGGGAUCCUAAUACCGGUUUCAUGACGAAUACACCGCUCGAAGUGUUCACGAUAACUCCGGGUCGUCGUUACAGAUUCCGUUUGAUUAAUUCGUACGGAUCGGUGUGUCCAUCGCAAAUAUCAUUCGAAGGCCACACUCUUACACUUAUUGCUACGGAUGGUGAAUCAGUGCGUCCAGUUCAAGUGAACACUAUAAUAUCAUUCUCAGGUGAACGUUACGAUUUCGUCAUAAAUGCCGAUCAGCCUGUCGGCGCUUAUUGGAUCCAACUUCGUUCUCUCGGAGAAUGUGGAAAUUCACGUGCCCAGCAGCUGGCCAUUCUGCGAUACGCUCGUGGUCCUUAUCAGCCAUCUACUGCACCACCUACGUACGACUACGGUCUUCCACAGGGCGUCGUACUUAAUCCCUUGGAUGCCAUGUGCAACAGACCGCGCGAUGAUGCGAUUUGCGUGAGUCAAUUGAAGAACGCCCGCCCCGUCGAUAAGGGUCUUCUGCAGCAACGCCCCGACGUGAAGAUCUUCCUGCCGUUCCGCUUCCUGUUUUACAGACCAGAAGAGGUCUUCCAACCGCAGACCUACAAUCGCUUCCUCGUUGCACCGACCGGCGACCAUGUGAUUUCUCUCGUCGACGAGAUCUCGUUCACGUUCCCUCCGGCGCCGCCGCUCUCGCAGAUCGAUGACAUCCCUCCCGAACAAUUCUGCAACGGUGAUAACAGACCGGCUGAUUGCGGCGCCAAUUGCAUGUGCACGCAUCAGGUCGACAUUCCGUAUAAUGCGGUUGUCGAGGUGGUUCUCGUAGAUGAAGUACAACAGCCCAACCUGUCGCAUCCGUUCCACUUGCACGGAUAUGCGUUUAACGUGGUCGGUAUCGGUCGUUCUCCCGACAGGAACGUGAAGAAAAUCAAUUUGAAGCACGCCCUCGAUCUCGACAAGAAAGGUCUCCUUCACAGACAAUUCAACCAGCCCCCCGCCAAGGACACCAUCGCCGUCCCCAACAACGGUUAUGUCAUCUUCCGUUUCCGCGCGGAUAAUCCGGGAUACUGGCUGUUCCACUGUCACUUCCUGUUCCACAUAUUGGUCGGCAUGAAUCUAAUCCUACACGUGGGAACACACGCGGACCUGCCGCCGAUACCUCCGAACUUCCCGACUUGCGGUGACCACUUGCCGCCCAUCACGCCGCCGCUGUCGCUGAACUCGCUCCACUGAUGCGUUCCAAUGAGCCAACGAGCUCAGAAAUCGAGAAACGCUCCAAAGUCUAUAUACGAAUACUUGUAGCAUAUUCCCUGUAAAGUAGCGCGAGUUUGUAAUAUUUCGAUUUUUUUAAAUUCUUUUUUUUUGUUUUUUGUUUUUUUUUUUUUUUGUCAAUCACGUAACACACGGCCUCGUCGGCCGUUCUCGAGAACGCGCUCGGCUCGAGACGGCAAUCGAUCGAGCGAGGAAUCCGGCGAAUGUCGACCCGUUGCCUUACGAGAGACUCGGCAACGAGAGGGUUGUGGAAGAUAGUGAGGUAAGUUAGAUGUUAAGGAAACCCGUGAGGCAACGGGUUAACAAAGGACGACGUCCCGCUGGGAAUCGCGAAACGACGAAUGUUGUCCAAGAUGAUGAUGAUGAUUAUGUUGUGGCUGCAGUUGAUGUAAUUUAUUGUGUUCCAGAUGCUUCACCCAUCACUGUCAUCCCUACUGCGCGUCACCCUUCAUUAUCCAUCCUUACCGAGAAACCCAUACGGUGCAGAUAUUCGCGUUUCAUGGUCGUAUAACACGGUCUCGUAUAACAAUUUGUUCUUAAGAAACAUAUAUCGCGAGUUUUUACAUUGAAUUCACGACCUCAACAACGACCACGAAUCUCGAAUGUGGCGAGUGAAGCAUCUCCAUUGUCAGUUGGAAACGUACAAAUGUUACUAACGUUUGUAACGCUCUGUAAAUAAUGUAGAAAUAGUCACUAUAAUUAACGAGACAUUAAUGUGGGAGUAAUGGGAUACAUAACGUAACGAAGGGGUCGUCGGAAAUUUUUUUUUUUCGAACGAACGGUGAUUCAAAACGAUAGUCCAUUAUUAUAUAAGGUAACGCCCUUCUAUCAGGCUGGAUCUGUACGACUGUAAAAUUCGCGAACAUUCGAAAUUAUUUAAAGUUUCGUUAUAAUUAGACGACUUAAAAAAAAUAUACGCCUGUGUACAUAAAAAAUAAUGCU